AUGCUAAGAGUAUUCAAGGCUAAAACAAGAGAAUAUAUUAAAGAGGCCAUAGAAUUUAAUAAUCUUCAAUUUCCUUGGAAAUUUGGUGGGUAUGGUUAUUUGUUAUCAUCUUAAGAUUUCCUCAUGAACCUAAAGAUGGAUAAUUAAAUGGUUUUACUGAUUGGAGAAGAAUUAUUAAUGAAGAAAAAUUAUAAGAACUCAGUACAGAAUACUUUCAAAAAAUCAAUGAAUUAUAACCUUUGAGAUUGGAAAGAAUUGUUGAGCAUUCUUUAAUGUCACAAAUUUAUAGAGAAUUAAUGAGGUAUAAACUCUAGGUAUUUUAUUGAUUUAAGAACCAUAAACAUACAUUAAAAUUUGAUAUUAAAUGCUUUGAUUUUGGGGUUUACAAUACUGAAAAUAUUUUUCGAGUGGGAGUUCAUCUGGGAAGAUAAAGAAAUAAACCAUUAGAAAUCAGACGUAUAUUAAAUGCUAUUAAAAUAUAGAUUUCAACUAAAAUAUUAAUGGACAUGAUUUUCUUUGUGUGUGGAGGAAAAGACCAUUUGUAACAGAUAAAGCAACUCUUUCUCUUUUUAUUGAUGUUUCAUUUAAAACUCAAGGAACUAUCAUGCUUUUGAAUCAAAAAAAAGAAAUUAUCUAUCAAAACGAUUAAAAUAAUCAAGAAUUUCAUUGCAUGAGACUUGAAAGUGAAAUUAUGAAUUGCAAUUUCAUAAGUGCAAAAAAUGAACAAUCAAAUUUGAGAGAUAUGAAAAGAAUGGAUGAUAAUUUACAUAUCAUAGAUGUUGAUCAUUAUUUGAAAGGAAACAAUUAUAUAAAUUAUAUAGAGUGA